AUGACUCCGUCAGAUGCGAUCAAUGUCUCUCAGCAGUAUCAAAAAACUCGUUUUCCGCAAGAUUAUGUCCUUUCAAACGGGGGUGCUGCCAAGUAUAGGGUCCAUCACGAACAGUGUUCUAGUGCUGUGACUUCACACAGCGAUCAGAGACUUUCAAAGGCCUGUACUACCAAGAAUGUUGUCAGCGUUUCGCAGCGUUAUCGCGAGACUCGAUUCCCUCGUGAUUACACUGUUCUAAACUCAGAAGCUUCACAAUAUGUGGUACACGAAGUAAACGAGGAAGAACAAUCUACAGAAGAUAGAGUCAACACCCGAACAUCCUCAACGACUCCUACACUGCUCACCAUCUAUGUUACCUCCUCCCAGCCGACACAAAACCUAGCGGCAACAACAUUUAUCAGGAUGGAAGGUCGGGCUGCGCUUGCGCAUGGGGCCCAACUCGGUGGAUUUGCCUUAUUCUACCAAGGCAAAUGUAGCACGUCUUCAACUUUGACGUUGUGGUGUCAUGUUUUGAUAAACUUGCUUAGCAGUGCGCUGCUCAGUGCGAGCAAUUACUGCAUGCAGAUUCUGAGCUCUCCAACACGCUCCGAGAUUAACAAAGCGCAUUCUCAAAAACGUUGGCUGGAUAUUGGGCUUCAAAGCAUGAAGAAUUUGAGGAACAUCUCCCCAAAGAGACGGAAAAUGUGGUGGCUGCUGGUACUGAGCUCAGCACCCUUGCACUUGAUGUACAACUCUACAAUCUUCUCGAUGUCGGCUGCACACGAAUACUUUGUCGCCCUUGUUGUUCCAGGCUUCCUGUCUCCUCAACUGGCCCUAGAUGCGACAGCGAACUUGAGUUUGAGUUCCGAUAUACUUACACUUCACGAUCGACUCCAAAACACCAGCCUGACCUUUGAACAACUAGAUACUUUGGAUUGCUUCAAGGACUAUUCUCAGAGAUACGUUACUGAUCGAAGUCAUUUGAUUGUGGUGCUGCAAGAGAAUUGGCAGACAAUGGACACCUUCUUAUGA